UCUCUCUCUUUUCCGUCUGUGAGUUUUUGACAGUGACGCAAAAUUUAGGCUCCACUUUAAAUUCCUUUUUAUCGUAGUUUUAAGGUAGAUUCUCAGAUUUUCCCGUGGAAUCAAUUGAAAUAGUCAUCAGCGGAGGGGGCAAAAGUACAAAGAAUUGGUGGCCCUUUUGGGGGGGCCAUUGAAAAAUGUGAUAUUUUCAUCUUUGAUCAACAACUUCUCCUUUUUUUUUGUUGCUUUUUCUCCCCCUAAUCAGUUUAUAUUUUGGUAUUUGGGGUGGUGUGUGUGUGUGUGUGUUGCCGGGAUGAGUGAUUUCAAUCAGAAUGCUCCACCGGGGCAUCCCAGUGAGCAAGUUUACGUGAACUUUGAUCAAUUCAUUGCCCAAAACAACUUCCGGCAGUUUCAGCAAUUUCCACCGGGUUAUUACUUUGGUGGCAAUCAAUACUAUCAGCAGGGAUACUCUGGCCAAAAUUCCCCAUCUACCAUGUACAAUACAGUGUACCAGCAGCCUUUUGUGCCUUCUUUUCCCAACUACAUCGCUGAGAAUUCAUCUCUCACAGCCACUGCCAGUGAAUUUGUGCCACGGAGUGUCCCACGGGAGGCAGUGGAGGAACCUGUGGCUCGAGAGGAACCUCCACGGGGGCCAGAGCAGCCCGUGGAGGAGGCAGCCAGUGAGGCAGAUGCUAUGCUGUCAGAAUUGAAUAUUAAUGGCCAUCGGGGUCACACGGGAGCUAUAAGGAAACAGUGGCGAGGUGGGGAGAAUGCCAGGAGGGACUAUCGGAGGGAUCCGCCGCCAAGGCAUGCGAGAAAUCGUCCUUUUCAGCAGCAUUUUGAGCGUCAGGAGCAGCAGGAGGCCGUUCCUGGCAGGCGAUGGCAAGCUGGACGGGGCAGGAUGCCUCCGGGUGGUGAGAAGCGUCAGAAGUGGUCAUCGAGGAGUCGUCAGGACAAGGAAAAUGGACAUUCGGAGAAUAAUAUUGACGACGAUGAUGUCCGUAAGCGUCGAAAUCAUCCGGAUUUCCGGCCAAAUCGCAAUCUGAAAAGUGUCCAGCCAACGGAAGAGGAACCCUGCUCGCAGCGAGAGAAGCUGGAGAGGGAAAUUGAUACGGGACAUUUGGAGUGUUUGGUGUGCUGUGAAAAAAUCAAACCUUUCCAAUCGGUUUGGUCCUGUGGCAAUUGCUACCAUAUCCUCCAUCUCAAUUGCAUUGUAAAGUGGGCAGCUAGUUCCAAGAGUGACACAGGAUGGCGGUGUCCUGCCUGUCAGAAUAUUACCCGAUCAGUUCCGAAGGAUUACCUGUGUUUCUGUGGGAAGCAGAAGAAUCCUCAGUACAAUCGAAGUGACGUAGCACAUAGCUGUGGCGAUGUUUGUGGUCGUGCAGAGACAUGUCCCCAUCCCUGUACCCUCCUCUGUCAUCCGGGUCCAUGUCCACCGUGUCAGGCGUCCGUGGAGAAGAGCUGUGGCUGUGGCAAAGAGAUGCGAACACUUCAGUGUCAUCAAAUUGUAAAGAUUCAAUGUGGAGCAAUUUGUCAGAAGAUUCUCCUCUGUGGACAGCAUAAAUGCAGUGAAACUUGCCAUGUGGAUGCCUGCCCCGAGUGUCAGGAGACCCGAGAGCAUCAAUGCUACUGCGGCAAAAACAAAAAAAUGGUGAUUUGCUCCAAGGAAAACAAUGAACUCACCCAAUACGAAUGCGGAGAAAUUUGUGGACAAGAUCUCGACUGCCGCAAUCACAAAUGCCAGGAUCUCUGCCAUCCAGGCAAGUGUGGGGAGUGUAAAUUAUCUCCGAAUGUCGUAAAAACCUGCCCAUGUGGCAAAAAGGUGCUCGGUGAGAGAAAAACCUGCCUCGAUCCUGUUCAAUUGUGCGGACAAAUCUGUGCCAAACGUCUUCAGUGUGGCACUCCCGGGAAUCCCCAUUUCUGUGCAGCCAAGUGUCAUCAAGGACCAUGUCCUCCCUGUCCCAAAUCCACAGCAACCAAGUGUCGAUGUGGCCAUAUGGAGCAGAUGGUGAAGUGCCGGAAGUUGACAACCCGAGCUGAUGAUGCCCGAUGCAAACGGCGUUGCACCAAAAAGCGCAACUGUGGAAAGCAUAAAUGCAAUCAAGAAUGCUGCAUUGACAUUGAUCAUGUCUGUCCGCAACCAUGCACGUACACACUGAGCUGUGGGAAGCACAAGUGCGACAAGACCUGCCAUCCAGGACACUGUGAUCCUUGCUAUCGGAGCAGUUUUCAGGAGUUGUCGUGCGAAUGUGGUGCUACGACAAUCUACCCACCAGUUCCGUGUGGAACCAAGAGACCGGCAUGCAAUAAGCCAUGCACCCGGAGGCAUGCCUGUGGCCAUGAGGUCCUGCACAAUUGUCACACGGCUCAGCAGUGUCCGCCCUGCAUGUUGCUCACCACAAAGUUCUGCCAUGGACGUCACGAGCAGCGCAAGACUAUUCCAUGUAGCCAGGAUGGAUUCAGCUGCGGGAUGCCCUGCCGAAAGGAGCUGCCAUGUGGACGGCACAAGUGCAUCAAGAUCUGCCAUGAGGGACCAUGCCUUCAGCAAGGUGAAAUUUGCAAGCAACACUGUCCAACUCCACGUAUAAUGUGUCCUCAUGCCUGCCGGGCGCCUUGUCACGAUGGCGAUUGCCCAGAGACAAUGUGUAAGGAAUCCGUUGAGGUAUCGUGCUUAUGUGGCAAUCGCAAGCAGCAGAGAACUUGUCAUGAUUUUGCCAGUGAAUACCGUCGAAUUGCCACAUCCCAGUUGGCCACGUCGAUGCAGGAGGUGCAACGUGGCAAUUCCAUUGAACUCAGUGACAUCCUGGGGCCUAUUAAGGUUACCAGUGCCAAGACAAAGGUGCUCGAGUGCAAUGAAGAGUGUAAAACACUUGAGCGCAAUCGUCGUUUGGCCAUUGGACUGCAAAUCCGAAAUCCGGAUUUACCGUCAAAAUUGCAACCCAAGUAUUCGGACUUUUUGCGUGGAUGGGCCAAGAAGGAUUCGGCUUUUGUCAGGAAUAUCCAUGAUAAAUUGACGGAUUUGGUGAAAUUGGCCAAGGAGAGUAAACAGAAAUCCCGAAGUCACUCCUUUCCGACGAUGAAUCGGGAGAAGAGGCAGGUGGUUCAUGAGAUGUGUGAGAUGUUUGGAGUAGAGUCUGUGGCUUACGAUGCUGAACCAAAUCGGAAUGUUGUGGCUACGGCUUUUAGGGAAACGUCUUGGCUUCCGGGAAUGAGUAUUUUGGAGGUUAUUGAGCGUGAAAGUGGUCAAAGGCGUGUUCCUCUGCCGAAUGUCUGGGGCACAAAGAGAACGUAGAUGAUGCUCCAGAGAGGGAAAGAUCAAAAUAGCUUCCAGCAACACACACUUGGUGAAAUUUUUUCAAUUUAAACCUUUUUCUUCAUUUUCCUAUUUCUUUUUGUUUUUGCUUUGAGAGAAUACAAUUUCCAUAAUUCAACUAUUUACCAUUUAUUGAGGGGGGAAACUUAAAAAAAAGAAUAAAAAAAAGAACAAUAAAGUAUCGACAAUUUCCUCACUCCAAAAAAA